AUGAUUCGGUUCUUAAAUAAUUUAUUCAACUCCUGCUUUAACGCGGGCGUGAAAGUUUGUACGCGUGCAGUGCUGAUUGUUAUAAGUGCCGUUAUCUAUCAGCUGUUUGUUAUUGUGGAAGUGUUCUUGAACAGCUACCAUUUGGUGUAUCCACCGUACUUGGAAAAGCCGAUAAUGGAAAUUCAAAAUUUUAUAUCCAAAGUUUUUGGGUUCAUUAUGAGAGUUGUUGCUACUGAGACUAACAUGCUGAAUGGAUUCAUGCGAAGGUUCCUCCGGUUCCUGGUGUCAUUGUUGACGAUCAUAGUAUAUCCUUUGACAUAUUUUCUAAGCAUAAAGCGAACGAGAAAAUGUCCGCCUCCCGUAAACCCCAUACUGUUCAAAUCUGCUACUACUUUGACAAUGAUGAUCAGAAACAAACAGAUCACUUCAGAAGAAGUGGUAACAGCAUACAUAGAGAGGUGUAAAGAAGUAAAUCCGUUUCUCAACGCCAUCGUAGAGCCGCGGUAUGACGCAGCCCUGAGGGAAGCCCGGGCCAUAGACAAGAUGAUUGCGUCAACUACCCGCACUCCAGAGGAACUGGCGAAGGAAUACCCUCUGUUGGGCGUACCCUUCACCGUGAAAGAGAGUAUCGCUGUCGAAGGCAUGAGCAACGACUGCGGAACAGUCUACCCGUACCGAAACCCUGCCAAAGCUGACGCUGCGAUAGUGCGCCAGGCCCGAGCAGCAGGGGGAAUCCCCAUAGCAGUCACGAACACACCCCAGCUGUGCAUGAACUGGGAGACGUAUAACAACGUGGUGGGAGUCACCAUGAAUCCAUAUGAUCAGAAGAGGACCACUGGAGAGUCGUCGGGUGGAGAGGUGGCGUUGAUAUCGUCUGCAGCUUCAGUGAUUGGUAUGGGAUCAGACAUCGCCGGGUCCCUGCGGCUGCCUCCCAUGUUCACUGGGAUCUUUGGACAUAAACCCACACCCAGGCUGCUAUCUGUCGAAGGUCAUGUGCCAGACAGCAGAGACGAAGACUUCGAAGAAUACUUCGCCCUUGGCCCCAUAACUCGUUAUGCCGAAGACCUGACCCUACUUUUGAAAAUCUUGAGGCAGCCAAGCGGCCCUGACGUACCUUUGGACAAGCCUGUGGACGUGACUAAGCUAAAAUACUACUACAUGAAUGGGGAUAACAGCAACGUGACUAAUUCAAUAGGACCUGAUGUAAGAAAAGCUAUGGAAAAAGCAAGGGAAUACAUGAAAACUACUUACAACAUUGAAGUACAAGAACUCAAGAUCAAGAACAUCGAACACAUGUGGGAGAUCAGCAUCCGAGUACUUCUCCACCUCAAAAAGAUCCGCAACAUCUACACUGACCCGGAGAACCCCGACAAACUCAAGUCAAUGUGGCCUGAAGUCCUCAGGAGAAUAGUCGGCCUAACAGACAAUAACUUCACGUGUGUGGCUUAUGGACCUCUCAUGAGGUUGUCUAACACUUUACCAAAAAGCAAUUAUGAUAAAAUGAUAAAGAUUUUCGAAGAGGUGAAAGCAGAGUUUCAAAGGGUCCUGGCUGAUGACGGUGUCCUGUUCUUCCCGACGUUCCCCUACACAGCUGACCUGCACUACAGGAUCUACUACAAAUUCCUGAACUGCAGCUACCUCACCAUAUUCAAUGCGUUAGGGUUACCCGUUACAGCGUGCCCUAUAGAUUUCACACCGAAAGGUCUACCAGUCGGUAUACAAAUUGCUGCCAAUAAAUCCAAUGACCAUCUAACUAUAGCUGUGGCUAAGGAGUUUGAAAAAGCCUUUGGUGGAUGGGUCCCGCCCAAUAAAGAUCUCUUAACGAACGUCAAAACAGCUUAGGGCUUCAGUACAACUUUCGGAACAUGGGACAGGAAAUGACUAAAUGAAGGUAGUAAGGUAAUAAUGGUAAUGCCAUUUUGAUGACAUAGUUGUUUCGGAUUGGCAGUAAAUUAUUGUAUAUUUUUAAAGCGGGACAGGACCGUGAAACAAUCGGUUUACAUGGACUGAGCAUUGUGUUCGAUUGCUAACUUGUAACGUAUGUAAUCCGUGUCGAACAAGACUAUCUGUCAAGUAAAUAGUAUAAAAUGCAGGUAGGUAAGUAUUAUUGUUUUAAAUAAUUUGAAUGUGUGCAAUAUUUUAACAUCACAAACAAACUUCACAUACCUACUACGAUAUUGGUGCCUAUUAUUUAUUAAAUUUAAAAAAAUAUUAAUUAUAACUCGUAAUUUUGUGGUCUAAAAUAUUCUUAGGCACCAAUCUACAUCACACAUCUAAAGCUCAGACUGUAAGUGAUAUUUAUUUGUAAGUAUUUUUUUAUGGGACCAAUUUUCUCAAGUUAAUACCUACUUAGAUAUUCUUUAAUUUUUUUUUAACCACCGUUUGACAAAAGCAUUAAAAUUAUGAUUGACUGCAUUGGCUGAAUGAAUCGUAGAAAACGAUUGUUCAAGUGACAAUUAAUUAAUACUGUACCAGAAUUCCGAAACCGAGUGUAGGUCAGUGUUUAACUUUCUCUGCAUAAUUAACACCUAAGGCGAUGGAAAGACUACUUAAAUUAAUAACCUACUAUUAUCCAAAUAUACCAACGAUAGAAAUGUAGUUCUAUAAUCAAAAUACAAGGCUAUGAUGUUACUGACACAUUAUAAACUUAUGAUAUUUUAAUUUUAACAAACAAUAAAUCAAAUAAUAUUAGCUACUUAAGUAACUUUUGAUAUCUCAAUUUCACGGAUAAGAAGUAAUCUGAAUAAAAUGUAUGACAUGUGUAAUGUGUAUAGAGCUAAUGAAUUAUGAAAGCGUAAGCCUAGCCGCAGACUCCAGACUUUUUGUCGACCGAUAGUUGAGUUGGGGUGUUAUUAAUCACUAUGGACAAUGACGAAUGAAAGUGCGCACAUUAGUGGGCACUAGGUACACUGAUUUGAUAUCGUCCGAUUCUUCAUACUAAUUAGAAUCGGACCCAACUAUCUGCCGACAAAACGUCGGUGGCAUACUUACAGUUUUCCAGGUGAUCAAAAUCGAUAGGUUUUGGUAACUUUUUAUUCUUAUAUCUUUUAGGUGUCUGCUUCUUCUAUGCUUUUCUCCAUUAAUCUGUUUUUCUUUGUUGGUGAAAAGAGGAUGUUAAAAUAAUAUAACGGUAUUGUUUUAAUAAUUGUAAUAAGAAAACCUUGCCAAAUUUUAAUCACUUUUUGAUCGUGUUGUGAGCAUGGUUUGAAAGUUAUUUAAUUCCAAAAUCCUGUGAUGUUAUAAUUACUUUAAUAAUGCGAAGACAAUAUUUAUAAAAAAAAUGUUUAGAACAAUGUAAAAUACAAUUUAGUGUAGGUAGUUAUUUGGAGCAGGAAGUAAAAAUAUACGUAAGUAAUUGUAAAUUAAGUACAUACUUACACUAAUAAU